AUGAGCUUUACUCCAUCGAGAAAUGCUGGUAACUUCAAGAAGAAUCUUUGGAUAGAAUUUACCGCUCUCGCAGCAAAAUAUGCAAAAGCAAACAUUGGACAGGGUUUUUACGAUGGGCCGUUCCCAACCUUUCUUGCAAAAAUUCUACGGGAUGUUGCAGAGCACCCAGAAAAGACUGAAUGGCAUCAAUACACAAGCGGAUUUGGUCAUAGCAGGCUGGUAAUUUUUUUCUUUUUUUUCUUCAAAUGCUUCAUUGACCUAAACAUUUUUGAACCAGCUUUCGAUUCCUAUGUUCCGCAAAUCAAAAUGGCAGGAGGUGUUCCGGUGGUGGUUCUUCUUGAACUUUCUGGAAAUCCUACACACAGUUCGGAGUACCGUUUCGAUCCACAAAUUCUUGAAAGUAAAAUUACACCAAGGACAAAGAUGAUCAUAUUAAACAAUCCUCAUAAUCCUACUGGAAAACUGUUUACAAGAGAUGAACUUGAAAUUAUAGCUAGCGUUGCUAAGAAGCACAACUUAAUAGUCGUGUCAGACGAAGUUUACGAAUGGCAUGUUUAUGGACAUUCAAAAAAAAUGAUUCGUUUUGCAUCACUUCCCGGCAUGUUCGAUCGUACUGUUACGAUAGGAAGUGCAGGUAAAGCUUUUAGUGUUACUGGAUGGAAAAUUGGUUGGGCUCUUGCUCCAGAAAUACUACUGCGACCAUUAAAAAGUGUGCACCAGGACUUUGUGUAUACUUGCUGUACACCCGUUCAGGAAGCGCUAGCUCGCGCUUUCGAACAGGAACUUGAGCUUUUCGAUUCCAAGCCAGAAAACAGCUAUUUACUGAAAAUUAUGGCUGACGAUCUGCUGCUGAAAAGAGAUCGCAUGGCAAAAUUACUACAGUCGGUAGGCAUUAAACCAGUG